GCACCCGAGGCUUGGACUCACUCAGUUGUCUCUUUCGUUGUGCGUUUCACUAGUCUUUAUCACCGUAUUGGUGUCGCUCUUCGGCCGUCAUCAUCUACUGCUUUGCAUGGAGCUUGUUCGGUCUGUUUUCUUGUACGGUGUGCUCAGUCGCUUGCCGGGUUCCUUGUAAAUUUCACGUGUUUGGUCUCGUUUUGCAACAGUUUGCCGGUUUUUGCGUUGCCCCGUUUCAUGGUGUUUUAUGUUGUUGGUUUCGCAUAUUCAUCGUCUAUUUUUUGGUAGUGUGAGUUUGUGGCUUUGCAUUUGCUUUUGCCAGACGGCUUAUUUGGAGUUGAGUGGGAAAAACAAAAAUUGCAUACGACGAGCAUCCGCACACUUCGCUUUUUGGUUUUGAAACAGUUGUGACGGACAUGAAAAAUAACCGCUUAUAAUCGCACCAUGGAAAAACAACCUGACGAACUAGGGGAUGUCACGAAUGAGCCACUACCUUCGAUGAGUGAACCCAUGGAGGUUCAAGAUGCUGUAGCAUCUACUUUAGCAACGUCAUUCGCGCAGCCAAUAAUCGCUGCUUCAAAAUCGAAAGCACAAAAACAACGUGAGUACAGACAGCGGAUUGCUACAACCCAAACUCCUGCACAGAAAGCAGCUGCAAGAAAAGCACGUAAUGCAAGAGAUCGAAACAACAGAUUACACCAAACUGUUAACUUGGUUACUGCCAGUGGUUCUCUAAAAGCGACAACUGCUGCUCCAAAAACAAAGGCACAAAUACAACGAGAGUACAGACAGCGGAUUGCUGCAUCCCAAACUCCUGCACAGAGAGCAGCUGCAAGAAAAUCACGUAAUGAAAGAGAUCGAAACAACAGAUUACGUCAAACUGUUAACUUGGUUACUGCCAAUGGUUCUCUAAAAGCGACAACUGCUGCUCCAAAAACAAAGGCACAAAUACAACGGGAGUACAGACAGCGGAUUGCUGCAUCCAAAACUCCUGCACAGAAAGCAGCUGCAAUUACUGUACAACCAAGUACUUACUCAGCUCAAAUUGAAGUUCAAGCACAAUCUACUUGGAACACUAAAUGGGCAUCAUUAAUCGAGCCCACACGUUAUGAGCGCGAACGCGCCUCCAUGAAGAACAAACCACGCAAAGUGCUCAACUUGGAAGAGCGCGUUUUGGCCAUACGUUUGUAUCAAGAGAACCCCGUCUAUCAGCGUGUAGCCUCCGUAUUCAAGUGCAGCUGGGAGCAAAUACGCAACGUAAUCGCCAAUCGUGACGACAUACUACGCUACUAUGGCGAAUGCCAGACCGUCAAUGUCAAGGAUUCACCACAAUAUGUGCGAAAUAAGAAAAUCAACUUUCUCGGCAAUGUGACAUAUGAAUUCAUUAAACGUGCUUAUUACCAUCACAAUGCCACGCUCAAUGACGAAGUUAUACGCCAGCGUGCGCUGCAGUUUCGCGAUAUACUAAAAAUUGAACAAUUCCACCCGAACAAAGUGUGGAUAGCCGAUUUCAAAAAGGUAUAUAACAUAGAUUGGCAGAAUUUGGCUGGCUUAAUUAUAUGUGGCGUACCGCCCCGUUCGCUUGAAAAUAAGGAUUUAAUCGAAUAUUGCACCCGAGUGGUAACGAAGGCGAUAUCACUAAUAGGAAAAAUGCCCAAGCAAUUGUCCAAGAAAGAAACUAAAAAUGCUGAUAUGGAGGAUGAAGAAAAUGAGGCGGCUAGUGCUAUUAGCAGCUAUGGCGAUAAUGAAUCCGAUUCUAUGUUAACUGAUCAAUUCAAUGAUGUGCCAGUGGUGAACGAAAUUGAUGACUUUGCAGGUAUGUACCUAGAUGCGGCCGAUAUCGAUGAGGAGGAGAUCAAUGAAGAUGAAGAAGGACCGACCAUCAAUUAUGCUGACUACGAUGGCACCGAUGAAAUGCCAGACUUCAACGCCAAGAGCAAUUUGUCGGCAGUGACGCGAGCAGUACCAAUAAAAAUGUCAACCAAACCAUUUCUAGCAGAGGUACAAAUAAAGCAAGAACGACCUAGUCGAAGUCGCAGCAGAAGUCCGCCAUUGUUAUCGCCAUUAACUGUGGCGAGUGGUACGAGUACGCAAGGCACAGGCGCAGGAAGUAGUCCAGGUGUAAAGCGAAAGAGAACAGAAGCAACCCAAUCAACAACAGAGUUGAGCGAAAUCGUAAAAAGAGAGCGAGUGAGUACUUAUACGGAAGCAAUGCGCGUUUUGUGCCCUUUAGAAGACUUCGCGACGCAGCAGGAAGAUUUCCAUGCACUAAACCUACUUAUGCAGCUGGUGCGUGUAUUCGAGAAGGGUGCCAAUCGAAAUAGUGAGCGAAGGGGGAAUGUCUAAGAGCAGUCAUAAUUAAGAAUUAGUGUAAAAGCAUAAAUUAUGUAUUUACCUACAUACGUAUAAGUAAAUGUAAAUAGUUUAGGUGUCUCACCCAGUAACCUAUGAAUUGAUGUAUGUACAGUGAAAUCGCGAUAACUCGCAGGCUUUAUAACAUAAAUUGAAAAUCGCGUUAAUUCCUAACAAAGUUCGAUGCCUUGGAGUACUCGUACAAAAUGCACAUAAUUUAAUUUGGUGCCCUCUACACGGUGAAGUCCAAAAUAAACAAGACUAAGCUAAAAUAGAAACGACAUGAACUUUAAUCUCAUAACUUCGAGUUUAUUUAUUCAAAACCGUCCCCUCUGGCCUCGAUACACUGUUUUGCGCUAUCUAAAAGCUUUUCGAAAGAGUGUUUCAGGCCAUUGAAUGUUAUUCAGGAUGUCGGUACAAGCCUUUUGUAUGGCCUCUACGGACCCAAAACGUUUUCCUUUCUAGCCAAAAAAUCAGUCACAAGUCGAUUUCUAGCCAAAAAAUCAGUCACAAGAGUGGAUCGAUGAGAUGAUGCAAUAAGCGCCAGCUUUCUCCUUCGCGGUAUUCAGGGCGAAUUCGACGAAUGCAAUGCAAUAAAUGCUUCAAAACGCCCAGAUAGAAAAUCGCAUUGACGAUUUGGCCCGUCGGCACGAACUCCUUGUGGACAAUUCCUUUGGAAUCGUAAAAACAAAUGAACAUCGACUUGAUUUUUGACUUUUCCAAACGCGAUUUCUUGGGUGUUGGCUCGUAUGGGGCCUUCCAUGCGGCACUUUGACACUUAGUUUCAGGUUCAUGUUGGACACACCACGUUUCAUUUUCUCGUCUCUUUAAUGAGGUCUUUCGAAUCAUGAAUUCGGAGCAAUUUUGGUCCUCAGUUAAGUUGUGCGGAAUGAAAAGUGCACAGACCCCUUGUAGGCCCAAAUGAUCGAUGUUUUGGAGAUAUCGAACUCCGAUUCCAUGAAUUUCAACGAUGAUUUCGGUUUAUUUUUGAUAAAAUUACCAACAAAUUCGAUGAAGUUUUCGGUAAUUACUGAUUUUGGGCGGCCCGUAUUCCCGUUCAUUCUUAUUUAUGUCCUCACAACCAUCUCCUCUGAAACGUGUAAACCACUCAUGAACUCUGGCACGAGAUAGACAGUCAACACCAUAAACUUUUUUCAUCAAUUCAAAUGUUUCGGUAAACCUUUUACCGAUUUUAAAACAAAAUUUGAUAUUAGCUCUUUGUUCGAAACUCAUUUUUUUACCGAUGACACAAACAUACUUACACUUUGGACGCAAUAACUUCACUUCCACUGCACCGAAUGUCACCAAGCUUUCACUGGAAGUCAGCUGGGGAUGUAACUUCAACUCACCAACUCAUUAAAAAGAUGGCGCCAUCAAAAACAUUUUUAUGACGGCAGUCUUGUUUAUUUGGACUUCACCUUGUAUAACUCGUUUUUUUUUUCUCUGCCGAACGACUGCGUUAAUUUUUUCUAAUCGUUCUCUUUUAACUUUUAUUCUUGCUUUUGGUUUUGCACAAAUGCACGUAAUUCCGCUUACUUGAAAAUAGCGAUAACUCGUAAUAUUUUGUUGGUGUUUUGGAUUAUGAGUUAUCUCGAUUCCACUGUAUGGAUAUUUUGCGGAAAACCCUUUAUCACCAAAUAAGUGUAGUUACUACAAACUUGUAGCACAAUAGAAAAUUAAGUAAUAUGAAUAAUAGUGUUGAAUCGCAUCAGAAUAAACUUAAAUUUCAUAUGGAAUAGUACAUUUGUACCUACUCGUAUAUAUGUACAAUAUGUAUGUAUCUCAUUCUUAGUUUGUGUUUGUGUAUAUGUAAAUAUAUGUAAAAUAUGAUGAAA